AUGGAGGGGAAUCUGCAACCGCAUGCCCUGAUCCCUGGCGGAGUCUCCUCCGAUCUUGAGCAGCCGCUCCACUUCGUCGCCCAGGCCCAGACCCAGGUGGUUCAGGCUAACCAGGUCACAUUCGCUGCCCCCGUGGAGAACCAGAUGCAGGAGCUCGGGAAUGGGGAAAAGGCCUCGCUGAUCUCCAAGGAGGACCCCCGAGGCAAGGCGACGGCCUCGGCCUCCCAAUGGCCGUGCCGGGUCAACUGGAGCGCCGACAUGGCCAAGCUGCUCGUUUCGGCCGUGUCCUACGUCGACGACGACAUCGACGAUGCAGAGCACGGCAGCAGGGUUAGGAGGAUGGGAAAGUGGAGUCUGGUCUCCUCGGCCAUGACCGAGAGGGGCUUCGCUGCGUCACCACAGCAGUGCGCGGACAAGUUCCAUGACCUCAAUAAGAGGUACAAGAGGGUUACCGAGAUCCUCGGGUGGGGAACGGCUUGCAAGAUCGUCGAGAAACCGGCUCUCCUUGAACAGAUGAACAUAUCUGAGAAGCUCAAGGAGGAGGCCAGGAAGCACCUGAGCUCGAAGAACCUGCACUACGAGCAGAUGUGCUCCUACCACAACCAUAACCGGGUAAGCUUGCUUGAUGAUCCAGUCCUUCAAAAGAUGCUGCGGCGUAUGGCGCGUGGGAGUCCGGUUGAACAGGGAAAGAAGUGCACGAUUAGAAAUGUUGAGGAUGAUCUGAUGUUGCUUUCCGAUGACGAGGAGGAGGACGAGGAAUUCAAUGAUGAUCUGGAGGUCAGUGCUGAAGAACAUCGUCACCAAGGAGUUCAUGCCACCAAGAAGCUGAAGCAUGAUCGUGAGGAGGGAUCUCAUCUGUCACAAGAUGUUGCCAUUAACAUGAAAAUAAUUCAAAUCCAGAGAGAACGUCUGAAGAUAAGGAGGGAGACGCUGGAAAUGAGGCAGAGCCAUUUGGAGCGGAUGAAGUCCCACAAGGAGCAGGACAAGGAACUGCAGAAGAUGAGGCUGGACAAUGAAAUGAUGGAGCUGGAAAAUGACCAGCUGGAGCUGGAGAUGGAGCGGAAGAUUAAGGAAAUGGAGAUGAUGGGCAUCAAACCACAGAGGAUUUAG